UUCGGACUUUAGGGACUCGAGGGGACACAUGUGGCGGUUUGUGCGGUUCUGCGUGAGCCGCGGGCUCCGCGCCGUGAGCGGCCAGGGGUCCGGGGCGGUCACGUGGUCCACCCUGGUCACGUGGUUGGGGUACCUGUCCGGGCUGGCCCUGGUGCUGGCGCCGGUGCUGGCCCUGCAGGCCCGCUGGGCGGCCCCCGUGCUGGCCCUGGCCCUGCUGGUGCCGGCGGCCGCGGGGCUCCUGCACGCCCGGUUCGGGCUGGAGCGGCUCGGGCCGGGGCUGGUCUACCUGUGGUUCGGGUUCCUGCUGGGGCUGCUCUGCUUCCAGGGCCCGGAGGAGCGGGGGGGCCCGGGGGGCCCCGGCCCGGGGGAGCGGGCCGCAGGACUCCUGCUUCCCGCCGGCGUGGCCCUCAGGACGGUGUGGUUGCUGCUGGACCGGGUCCUGGGGACGGAGGGAAAAGAACCGCUCUUUAUGAGGAGUCAGAAGGAGAGGACCAGGCCCCGGCCGGCUCUGCUCACGUCUGCGGAGCAGCUGGUCCUGCUGGGCUUCAGCGCGGCCAGCGCGGCGCUGCUGGUGCCGGCCGGCCUGAGCGUGGCGGUGCUGGUGUCGGCCCUGGCCGCCGUCAUGGUGGCGCUGCGCAUGAAGGUGCUGCUGGCGCUGCCCGGCCUGGCCUGCUUCGCCGCCGUGGCCGGCCUGCAGUUCUUCCCCGCCCUGGGCGUGGCCACCGACCCGGCGGCGCUGGCCUGCUUCUUCAGCCUGCUGCUGUGCGAGCCGCUGCUGGACGUGGUCUUCAGCGGGCUGUCGGUGACGGAGCGCUGGCAGCCCUACCUGGCCCGCCGGGCCCUGUGGAGACGCCUGUCGCUGCUGCCGCUGCUGCUGCUGGAGCUGCUCUUCGUGGCCCUGGCGGCCCGGAAACCGUCCCACUCGGACCGCUGGUACGUCCUGGUCCCCGGGUUCGUCCUGUGCCUCGUCUUCUGGGCCAUCUGCCACACGGUGUUCGUGAUCACGGCGUGGGGCUUCCACAGCAAGCUCAGCGACUGCCAGCGGCUGUGCCUGUCCCAGGGGCCCGACGGCACGAGUCUGGACAAGGUCAUGGCCUCCAGGGGCAUGAGACACUUCUGCCUGAUCUCCCAGCGGCUGGUGCUCUUCUCCCUGGUGUCCACCGGGGCCGUGGCCGCGCUCUGUUGGCAGGCGUCCAGCAGCAUCUUCGUGAGCGUGUUCCUGCUGGUGCUGCCGCUGGAGUCUCUGUUCCACGGACUCUUCUACGAGCUCGGCAACAGCCUGGGCGGGACGUGCGUGGGCUACGCCGUCGUCAUCCCCACCAACUACUGCAGCCCCGACGGCCAGCCCACGCUGCUUCCCCCCGGGCAGGUGCACGAGCUCAACAAGCGCUCCACCGGCAUGCUGAGCAGCGUGCAGCGCUUCUUCGCUCACCACAUGAUCGAGAACCACGGCUGCGACUACUCCACGAGCGGCGUGACGUUGGAGGCCCUGCAGGCCCGGAUCAAGGCCUUCCUGGAGCUCCGCACGGCCGACGGCCCUCGCCACGACACCUACGUCGUCUUCUACAGCGGACACACGCGGCGCUGCGGGGACUGGGCGCUGGCAGGCGGAGACGCGCUGCGGCUGCCUCAGAUCCUGGACUGGUGGCGGGAGAAGAACGGCGGCUCCUGCUCGCGCCUCAUCCUGGUGCUGGACUGCGAGGACUCGCUGCCGUGGGUGAAGGAGGUGCGGCGGGUGGAGGGCCCGUACGUGGCGGUGCAGGGGGCGGAGCUGGCCCGGGGGGCCGACGUGGAGCAGCAGGAGCCGCCGCAGCUCGGGGACUUCACCGCCCAGUGGGUGGAGUACAACUGCAACCCCAGCAGCGGCGUGCAGUGGUGCCGGCGGGGCCGGGCCGUGUCCGCCGCCUACGGCGUCUCCCGCCACUGGAGCGACUACACGCUGCACCUGCCCACAGGAAGUGACGUCACCAGCCACUGGAGCCUGUUCUUCCCGCGGGUCACCUACCCCGUGGUGCAGCUGGCGCUGUGGUGCGGCAGCCUGAACUUGCUGUGGAUCUGCGGCGUCUGCCUGCGAUGUCUGCGCAGAGUCAAGCUCAACUGGUUCCCGCCGGCGGUGCUGGACACGGGGCAAGGAUUCAAGCUGGUCCGGUCCUAGCGGCAC